UAAAUGUUUUGCAGAAUAUGUAAACUCGCAUGUUUCUUUCUGAAGAUAGUCGUUAUUAAUUGAUUCAAAUGAGAAUCGUGUAAGAAUCGUUGUAACUGAUGUAUCUAGAUUCUAUACGAAUUCGAGUUCGUUUAAAAUUAUUGGUCGACGAUCUACAAUCUGUGUAGGAUUGGUUAGUUUCGUAAAUGACAGUUGUUAUGAGUUCCUUCGAUUGUUUUAAGUGUUUUGUAUAAAACUUGUGAAUUAUUGAUUCGAAUACAUAAAAGUAGUAGCUUUCAUUGAUCUGAAAGUAUAUUCCUUAAUUAAAUACCUCGAAAAUCCUAGAAUCCUACCUUGAAUAAACAUUUAUGUAUGUACAUAUGCGCAACUACUUUUGUGAAAUCACCGUCAAAUCUAUUUCCUUAUUUAAACCGUUUGAUGUUUUGCUAGAAUUUCACAUACGCAACUGGAUUUGUGACAGAGUUAGAAUCAAUGUGCAUAAUUUUCUUCAUACUUCCAAUGUUUUUAUAUGAAAAUAAAAAUGUUGAAUAACUUUAUUAAAAAUUGCGAUAUGUUUUUUACAUAUGUAAAAAGGGAACGUCGAUUGGUCGAUACCAAUUUCCGUUGAAACAAAAAGGGAGAUCUUCGAGGUUUUCGCGGAAUUUUAAUGUGCGUUCUUUGAUACGCGCAUGCACGCAUAACCAAUAAAUGGCAAUACGAUUCAGAAGAAGUCGAAGAAGAAAUUGAGCUGUAAUGGGUGAAAAGGAACAAAUGUCGCACGUGGCUCAAGGCAAUUUGACUGAAACAAUAUUUCACGCCGUGUACAUACCAGAAGAAAAUGACAUUUGCACAGAAAGUAAUACUAAAGAAAAUGUAAGAGUUUAUCAAGAUAAAGCUGAAGCCUUAAAGGUGAUCAAGGAAUUUAAAACUGGCCGCUUGAAAUCGUUCAAAAACAGAUCGGAGGCUGAAGUGUACGCAAAAACUGGAUUUGAGAAAGGAAAUAAUGUUAACAAUAUCUCAGUAGUGACUGCAGUACCUGUCGUUGAAGAGAAAUCAAGUAAUUUUAAAGCUCCCAAAUCUCAAGAACUUGUUUGCUUUAGAAAAUUAGUAAAAGAUGGAGAUCUGUAUGCUGUUAAAAGCACUGUAUGGGCAAAUCCAAGAUAUUUAAUCGGCAGUGGAGAUACACCCGCGAUCUUGCAAGAAGGAUGCCGUUACAACGCGUUGCACAUUGCAGUAAGAGCGGACAAACCAGAUAUGUGCGAGUUGAUACUAAACACUGUCGGAGACACAGAUUUUAUAAAGUUAUUAUAUGGCGACGAAUGCAAAAGCUAUGUAGAUCGUGCUCAAAUUAUGCUAGAUUUGUAUUUGAAUACCCCUGACAAAGGAUUAAACGAAACUCCGCUACACUUUGCUGUUAAAUUUGGUAUGAAGAAUGUGGUUCGAGUUCUCGUUUCCUAUCCGUGUUGCAUAAAAACAUUGCCCAACAAAUAUAAACAACUACCAAUAGAUAUUAUUUGCAGCAGAACGAAUCAAGAAGAUGAGAAGCUAAAAAAGGAGAUACGUAUUCUAUUAGAGGAACAGUAUUAUGUACCUGUGUUAAGAUCUGAAGACAAUUCAUUGCAGCCUGUGAUCGGGGAACCUUUUUCUCCUACUAGUCCCGUAAAUAUAUGUACGGAUCCUAUCAGUCCACGUUUAGAAGUACGUGCGUUUGCUGGACCAAUGACGAAGUCACGAGCAUUAGAAUUUCGAAAAAAAUGGAAAACACCUCCGCGCCUUCGUAUGACUCCGAUUAAGAUGAUUGUAGAAGAUGAAUCCAACGUUACAGACAGUCCUGUUAAUCAUUUAGCUUUAAGACUACAAGACGCGGAAAAAGGACUCGAACGAGUAGGAAGAGACUUGGCAGAGGAGUACCAAGUGUCCUGGAAGGAGUAUUGGCCUUUCUUGAAUGAUUUCGCUGACUUUCGUACUAGCGAGGGUUUGAUAAAGCUCGACAGAUAUUUAGAACGUAAAUUCCAGGAUCAUACGCUUUAUUGCAAACAGAAUACCGAUAAGGCUAAUUCAGAAAUGACAACGGUUAGAAUAGAUUAUCUCUGCAGUCAACUCGAAUCAUGCUUGUUGGAUAAACGAGAAAAUAAUAUAGAUGACCUGGAAUUUUUUACACCUCCGUCAUCGCCGAAAUUAGUAGUAGACAGCUCCGACGAUGAGAUGUAUAAUGCAGAAGAAGGUCCCAGAAUAUUUCUCGAAGGUCGUUAAAUACUUAUUACUAGGCCAGUGCCAACGAAAGUAGAUCACGCUGUUUACAACGCGGUAUCAACAUCAGUUAAUUCCAAUACGUAUCCAAACAUUUAUCUCUGGCAACA